AUGUUUUUCUUAGCUAUUUUGGCUGGAAUUUGUGCAUGUGGAUUUGGAUUCGAUUUAGCACAUGUUCAGACUGCCCAGCAACAAUUCGAAGCUGAUGCACGCGGUCUUAUCUCUGACUUUUACGGAACAGUUUUAUAUAAACCAUUGAAUCAUCUUGUUACCACAUUUUCCCUACUUGGUGCUCAAUUACUUGCCGGUAUUGCUGAAAAUGGUAUUCCAGCUCCAAAUGGGCGAACGACACAAAUGACAGAAGCUGAAUUUCGGGGAUUUUGGAACGAUCUUUUGGCCGGAAUUCUACAACCAAUUGAACAAGCUGUGCAGACUGCGGCAUUACUGGGUGCUCAAGUUUUGGCUGGAAUCGGAACAGAAGGGCUCAACCUUAGCAUUGGCAAACGUCAUCUCUAA